AUGAUAUCCAUUCACUCCAUUUCAUUAUCCAUAUUCUUGCUAGCGGUGGUGUUUCAAUCAUCAAAAUAUGGUACAACAGUCGAAGCGUUUGCCGCCAAACAGGCUCGACCAUCCGGUGGCGGUGGAUUUGGAGCCGGUACAAAGAGCCCAUUGACACACAUUCCCGAUACUUCCGACACUACCCAGGCAUUGCUACAAUUCCUAAAGGCCGAAAACGCCAAAGGCUUGGCCGAUGUGGAAAUUGGUACCGAUGCCAAUUCGGGUGUCAGAGGUUUGUUUGCCGCCAAGAAUUUCAAAAAGGGAAAGUUGAUGUGUCAGAUUCCUUCCGGUUGUGCCUUGGCCUUGUCGGACCCCAGUAAAAAUGGCGAGGAUACUCCGACCUUGGCCCAUGGAGGUGCCAAUUUCUUGUCCAUGUACUGGAAGGAUCCCAAAGCCAAAGAAACGUGGGCACCCUAUUUGAAUACCCUGCCGCAACAAGGAACCUCCCAAUUUGAUCCAACCCCAGACUUUUUUCAAGAUGACGAAUUGGAAUUGUUGGAAUUUCCUAGGGCCAUUCGAUUGGCAAAAACUCGCAAGGAGGAGAUUGCCAAUUUGGGGGCCGAACAGGGUUUGGACAUGGACGAAUUGCAAUUCGCUACCUGGUUGACAGCCUCUCGCGCCUUUACCAUUUCCAUCGCGACGGAAUCGGAGGAAAAGGUUAAAACCAUGCUAGAAGAGGAUACUGAAGCCGAAUCGUCAUCGGAAGAUGCUACUACUAGUGAAGGAGAAAAGCAAACCAUUGUUACCAAGGCAAAAACCAAGUCGAUUCGUGUCUUGGUCCCAUUUAUUGACAUGGCCAAUCAUAAUUCAGACCAACCCAAUGCCAAACUCACCUUGGUGGACCCCGAAAAGGACGAUGCCUGGUUUGCUUUGGAGGCAACUCGACCCAUCAAGGCUGGUAAAGAAAUUGUCAUUGCCUAUGGAAGUGGAGUGGAAUCAUCCGUCGAACUCUUUUUGAAUUAUGGAUUCAUCCCCAAGACCAAUACCAUUGAUGCAUUAAUGUUGCAAAAGGGAGGAGACGAUGCCAUUACAAGCUUGGAUGGAUGGACCACUAGUCUGGAAGAGGACCAAAGUAUGCUAGAAAUGGCCAAAGACGAUCCAACUUUGCAAAAGAUUCUCAAUUUCCGAAUACGGCUCAAGGAAUCCUACAAAUGA